AUGCACAAUGGUCAUGGCCAUGAGCUUCCACCAAAGUUCCUCCAGAUCAAGAAGAAGGAAAGGUCCAACAAGGCAGAGUCAUCUUUCAGAGUGCUAUACUAUGGAGGAAACCCUAGUUCAGUACCAUUCAAGUGGGAGUCACAGCCAGGUACCCCUAAACACCCUACACUAAAUUCUGAUUAUUCCACUUCUCUCCCUCCUCUCCCUCCUCCACCUUCCUAUCACUUCGCUUCCAAGCUGAUCAAGAAGUGUCCUUCAAAGUCCAAUUUUCUUCGCACCAUCUUUCCCAAGAUUUUUCCCAAGAAAAAACAUCUAGUGUUGCCACCACUACUCAUGUCGUCGACUUCCGUGUCCUCGUCAUCAUGUUACUCACCAUCUACUCUGACGAAUUCAUAUGACGAACAUAACAGACGUCGCAGCUGCAGCUUUUUAUCGCGUUCAAGAUCAACCAUCCAAUUCGGGAUAGAUGGCAAUGAUGAUGAUCAGGAGGCCACUGGAUCGUCUACUUUAACUUUGUGCUUUGGUUCUAGACACGGAAUUUAA